AUGUCAAACGAGCACCAGAAGUAUAAAAAGAGAAAAAGUAACAAGCAAUUUCAUAAAAUAUAUCUCCCAGGCUUCUACGGUACUCUGGACGGAAACGGACCCUUUUACCUUGGGACCGCAAGAAAUCCUGCAAGUGCUAAAGCAUCAUAUCAAAUAUCCACAAAUACAUUGGCAAAAUAUUAUGAAGAUCACCAUUUAGCACAACGGCAAAGCAAAGCCGUCACUGUACCGAGACUCUCCUGCUGGUGCACCGAGGAGGAUGUAGAGGCAGGAGGAAUACGGGCCGCAGCUGCGGACGGGAAGGCCCAAAUGCUGUUCAAGCCCAGGCCCACCAGGAGAACAGAAGACACAGAGAGCUGCCGGAAAAAUUCUCCCGCCGGAGAACAUGGUUUGCUGUUCGAUGUCGCCGCGAGCUUAAUUGAGAGGUCCGGCGGGCAAUCCAGGGUAGUUCGGAUCCCAAAACAACCCGGGUUCGGGUCGGGAUUUGCAGGGGCAGGUAGAGAAGAACUAGAAAACACUUGCAAUUUGAUUGGAGAGACCUGCAUCUUCUGUUUGGUGUUGUUUCAAUUGUUUGAGCCAAACCCGUCCCAAAAUCCUCAGAAAAUCCACCUUCCCCCCAUCAAUAUCAUACCCAACCCUAUAGUUCAUCUGGUGCAAAUUCCCGAAAAUCGCGAUUUCGCCCCUCGCCGGCACCAGCGUGAGGCAGAGCACCCCUUCCUCCACCUCCAAAAACGUGCUCUCCGCCGGCAGCUCCACGGCAGCUCCACCUCGGAAAUUCGCCACCAUCGGCGGGGCCCGGAACCCCUCCUCCUUCUCGUAACAAAGCCCGAACAUCCCCCUCUGGCCCUCCACCCUCCUCCCCUUCACGGCCCCCGCCACCUCAUCCUCCAGCCGCCCCGUCGUCCCAGAGUCGAUUAUGAUGUUCCCCUCCUCCACCUCCGGGCCGGGACUGGCCCGGCCCGUCCCGACGCUCACGCCCUCAAGCGUGAGAACGUUGGGGGCUCCUUCUUCACGAGCGGGGUCGAGACGACCCCGGGUCCGUCGACCGACGAGCCCGGCCCGAACAUGAUCGUGCUCGUCGCCUCCGACCCAAGGAGCGUGAGGCAGUACNGCACGUGCCGCCGUCGCUGCACGUCGGCCGGUAGAGAGUCGAGCACGCGCGGGACCCGCACGAGAGGACGCGGUACGUGGAGGAGCCGCGCGGGUCGAAGAGCGGGUCCUGCUGGUCGUAGCAGCCGGAGCAUGGCUGGCACUGGGUCCAGGUGA